AUGGCGCAGUGCGAGCGUGCCUCUAGGCCGCUUCUACAAUGCCUUCGCACGACUUAUAUCCGAGGACUACCCAGCGUCCAGGCGCGCGGUUUCCAGUCCUCGGCACCCGCCUCCGAGGCUCAGGUCGAAGACAGUCAACCUUUCCACAAGAACCCUGAUCCCUCCCUCGUCUCAAGUCCACGCCUGGAACGACGAUUGAUGAGACAGGGAGUCAACCCCGUGGGCUCCCGACGUCGCCGAGCUGCUCUUCAAAGUUCCUCCAACAUCCCCUUUGAGCAGCUGCCCUACCAGUGCUUCCAGGAGGCACGCAAGGUGCUCUUGGAAGAUCGCGCCGAGAAGUUGAACGAAAUUGAAUCAAUGAGGCAGAAGAUUGCGAGAGUCCAGACUCAGUCGGCAGAAGAGGCGGGAGGCGAGCAGGCACAAAAGUCCCGAUUGCGGGCUAUGCAGUUGCAUCUUGAGCGACUCAAGAUCAACGCCGAUAUCAAUGACCCAUUGGUCAAGCGAAAAUUUGAGGAUGGAAAAGGUAGGGCUGGGUCUCUUCGACAAUUUACGGGUUGGCGUACAAUGCUAAUGACCAUGCUUCCGGCGAGGAUAGGUGACAUGAGCAAGCCCAUCUACCGCUUCUUGGCCGACCGGAAAUGGCGGGAAUACCGACGCAAAAUCUUGGUGCAGCGCAUCACGCAGAUGAAAGUCACUCCCGACGUCCUUCCUCACUGCGACCCCGUAGUCGACACGAAGUUGUACUUCAACAAACGUCAGAUCCAGCCCGGAGAUUUCGUCGAGGCGAAGACCAGCGCGGAGGCCCCGAAGCUUGACAUCCAGAUGUUUGAACGUGGAGAGAAACUUGUGACCAUUGCUGUUGCUGAUCCCGAUGUUCCUAAUGUGGAGGCGGAUAGCUUCGACUACAAGAUGCACUUUUUGGCUGUCAAUGUGCCCAUCUCCGCGGUCAACACCAAGGUGGACCUCGCCAAUCUUGCGGAAGAUUCGCAGGUUGUUCUUCCCUGGCUGGCUCCUGUUGCACAAAAGGGCAGUCCCUAUCACCGUCUAUCGAUCUUCAUCAUGGAGCAGAAAGAUUCGAAGCCCCUCGACUUUGCGGCUGUCAAGGCGAACGAGGCGGACCGAGACAAUACCCUCCUGCGCACCCUCCAGGCCCGAUACCACUUGAAGGCCAUUGGCGCACACCUGUUCCGCAGCCAGUGGGAUGAGACAACUCUGGAAGUCAUGCAGCAAAUCGGCUACAGUGGAGCUGAUGUUGAGCUCCGGCGCAAGAAGGUCGAGCCUCUUCCCUACAAGCGGAGAAACCCGUCCAGCUUCAGGUGA